AUGAAGCUCCUCCAUGCCCUAUUCACGUGUGCAACUGCGAGGACAUCGACCGCUGUGGGAAACAGGAUACAUCUCCACACCCUCAGCCCGGACGGCGCCUCCCAAGUGCACAUCCUCGAUCUUCCAGCCUUCGAAAAUGAUUCCUUAGAUCAUGACAGAAAUAUCAGUGAUGCCCUGGUCUCUUAUUUCUCCAAACAUUCUGGACAUCAUCCUCACGCACUCGUCUUUGCCUACGACAUCUCCCAACCAUGGUCACGCCCUCGGCCAUUGGAUAUCCACAAUUUCAACCUACUCAGGGAUCUGUGCGGCGUGUCCUACUGUCCAAAUCUCACCGUCCUCACCACCAACUGGAACUCUGGUGGCGGUUUGGGCGGCUCAGAAGAGAGAUUCAUGAGACGAGAAAAUGAGUUGCGCUCAGCCACUCGUCUAUGCAAACUCUUCAUUGACCGUGGCGCUACCUUCAAACGUGACUCUGAAUUCUACCCCCGGGACACUGGUACUGGCUUACCCAGCGCCUUCCCGUCGUUCCAGCAGCUCCUAGGACAAACCCCCAAACCACUCGCAAUCCAAACUCAGCUCGCUUCUUCCUCGUCCAACGGCAACCUAGAUGCAGUAGCCGUCCAAGAGACACUACGGCGUAGGGUCAAAGAGCGCCUCCUGUUCCAGCAAAAUCAAUUGGACAUCAAAAUCCGUACGAUUGAGCGAGAUUUGCGCUGGUGCUCGGGUGGAGCGGAAGGCAAAGGCUCGUCGGGCUCCUUUCGCCGUUUGUUGGUGGCUAGGGUGAAGAACGAGGAGAACAUUCGGUGGUUGAAGCAGUUUAUCCCGGAUGCUGGAUCACCUUAG